AUGGCGGGGAUCCAAGCGGUUUGGUUGACCUCCAAGGUAUCAGUUGUCAGUCGGGGACGCUCCUCGGCACGUCCACGGAGCCGAGGUGCGGUCGUGUGCUCCUGUUGGGAUCGGGAGAAGAGCGUCCCGAAACUCGCCGUGUCUGCUGCGCUGGCAUGGACUCUCGCCGUGUCCGUCCCCGACGCGCGAGCCGGUCUGUUCGGAGGGGGAGAAGAGAAGGAUCCCAUCGAGCCGUUCUCCAUCUUUGGCACGGUGUACAAGCAGUAUGUCAUCGAUAUCCUGGAUGACUCUGGCCGUGCGAUCGUGGGAAGAACGAAGGGGUUCACCGCGGAGGCGUGCGUCGAUCUGCUCACGGCUGAGCAGCAGCGCUACAGCGUGCCGAACGAGGGCGGGUUCGUGGAGCGAAGCCCCGACGGUCCGGGGGAGAAGGUCGCCAGGAGCAGGUUCUGCGAGAAGCGGGUCGUGAAGGGUUCCAUCACCAAGACGGAACAGAUGAUGCCCGCCUGCGUCCCCGCGUGUCGCUCCGCGUGCUUCCAGGCCACCCAGGCAUACGACGGACAGCAACUCAAGAGCAAGGGGUUCGGGUUCACCGAGAAGGAGCUGGGGAAGGUCAAGGGGACGUGCAGCGCGAGGUGUGAGAAGGAAUGCAUCAAACCGGGCAAGUCGUACGACUUCCAGAUUCCGUUUCGGAGAGGUGACGGGCUGUGA